GCAGGAGGAGCAGCAGCAGCAGCAGCAGGAGGAGACAUGGCUGAUCGUGGCCGGACGGGACGGGACCGGGAGUGAGUGAAAGUACCGGGCGGAUGCUGCACUGUGACGGGCCGACGAUGCAGCCACGCAGGCGAGGACUCGCUGCGACACACCGCCAGACGCUGGGUUAAGAGUUAACAGUCAUCCGGCGGCCGAACACACGAUCUGCCGUGGGUUGUGUGUUUUUUCUUCACUGCAAAGUAGUUGAAGGAACUUGUCGCAGUGGAUCCAUCCCCCUGCUGUCCCGGAUCACCCCACUCGAGGAGGGGAACAAUAGUCUCCUGCAGCACCGACACAAGCAGCCUGUGGGCCCCGGUGUAGCGGUCGAGAAGAUGGACCGGAUGAAGAUAAUCAAGCGGAGGCUUUCCAUGUCUCUCCGCAGCGCUCGGCCCGUCGACGACUCGCUUUCCGAACUAGCAGAACAGAUUUCCUUGGACGAGCCGACCACAGCCAGGGACAAUGGUGAGACGCGUAAACCCUGCCUUGCAGGUAUCGUCCAUGAGAAUGUGAAGAUGGGUUCAGAUGGAGAGAGCGACCAGGCGUCUGGGACGUCUUCUGAUGAGGUCCAGAGUCCGGUCAGGGUUCGCAUGAGGAACAACCAUCAUCGGCGCAUCUCUAAUGAAGACAUAAACAAGCGCUUGUCUCUCCCAGCUGAUAUCAGGCUACCGGAGGGCUACUUGGAGAAGUUCGCAAUGAACAGCCCGCCCUUCGACAAACCCAUGAGCCGCAGGCUACGACGUGCUUCACUGUCUGAAAUCGGCUUUGGGAAACUUGAGACCUACAUCAAACUGGACAAACUAGGAGAGGGGACCUAUGCUACUGUGUUUAAGGGUCGAAGCAAGUUGACAGACAACUUAGUGGCUCUGAAAGAGAUCCGACUGGAGCACGAGGAGGGAGCCCCCUGCACGGCCAUCCGAGAAGUGUCUCUCCUGAAAGACUUGAAGCACGCCAACAUCGUCACUCUCCAUGACAUUAUCCACACUGACAAGUGCCUGACACUCGUGUUUGAGUACCUGGAAAAAGACCUGAAGCAGUACAUGGAUGACUGUGGGAGCAUCAUGAGUGUUCACAAUGUCAAGAUCUUUCUGUUCCAGCUGUUAAGAGGUCUGGCGUACUGCCACAGAAGGAAGGUUCUCCACAGAGACCUCAAACCCCAGAACCUGCUCAUCAAUGAAAAAGGAGAGCUCAAACUGGCAGAUUUUGGUUUGGCCCGAGCCAAGUCUGUCCCUACGAAGACCUACUCAAAUGAAGUUGUGACAUUAUGGUACCGACCACCAGAUGUACUUCUAGGCUCCACUGAGUACUCUACACCCAUUGACAUGUGGGGUGUGGGCUGUAUCUUUUAUGAAAUGAUCACCGGCAGACCACUUUUCCCUGGAUCGACUGUGGAGGAUGAGCUACACCUCAUAUUCCGCAUCCUUGGUACCCCUACUGAAGAGACUUGGCCAGGUAUCACCACCAGUGAAGAAUUUAAGACGUACAAAUUCCCACAGUACCGCCCAGAACCCCUUGUCAACCACGCACCCAGAAUAGACAACGACGGUCACGACUUGCUCUCAAUGCUCCUACAGUUUGAGGCAAAGAAGCGAGUAUCGGCUGAGGACGCUCUCAAACACUCAUAUUUCCGAAGUCUUGGAGAUCAGCUUCAGACACUGGCUGACACUGCAUCCAUCUUCUCCUUCAAAGACAUCCAGCUCCAGAGAGAUCCAGGAAAGAGAUCCUCAGUCUACCCAGAGUCAACCCAGGGAAAGAGCAGGAGGCAGAGUGUGUUGUUUUAGUGCUGCCGGGGGGGCGCUGAGGCCCAGAGGACAGUGACACCUGGAGCUGUCCUCCUAGACAUACAUUCACUGACCCUGCCACACACGCUGGAGGAGCGACACACAUCCUGCCGUAGAAACACACAAACACACAAACACACACACACAUUGAAAAACAAAACCAACACAGAACUAAGGCUGAAGAAUUCAUACUUGACCAAAAAAUAAAUAUAAACUUAGAAUUCAACCCCAAAGACGGAAAAAUUAAAAAUGAGAGCGUGUGCGUGGACAGAAAGUGUGAGAGGACAUUCUCCUUGCUGCUGCUACCGCUGCUGACCAGAGGAGGGCAGCGUUUGGGAUGUGUGGUCUGACUCUGGGUCUUUUGAACGGAUCUUUCUGCAUCACUGAAAUGUGGGAGAGAAGGAACGCGAGGAGACACGAUUCAAAGACAAAGAACGAGAGAAAGGAACCCUGUUGCUCCCUCUCAUUUGUGACUUCUGUUCUCGUCUUCGACUGUUGUUGUACAUAUAGAGACUGAGCUGUAGAAUGCAUUUUCAUAACACGCCUCAGCCUGAAUUCAAACUCUGAAUAUUGCACCUCAGCCCCAGACCCUCGCCUUCUUGGCCCCCAAAACACACAAAUAUAAACACACACACACAUCUCUCUUUCUCUAUCUUCCUGCCUCUCUCUCAAAUACACAAACAUAAACACACACACACACACACACACUUGAUGGCAAGAGUGUGUAGAUCAUUGAGGUUUACAGAGUUAAACUUUAGCACCUUAUCGUCAGGAGGUCAGGGUGGUUGUUAUUAAGUUACCUCAUCAGUCACUCGAGCAGAGCAGGGUGUAAAGUACACGCUAGUUAUUAGAGUGAAGAAGAAUCAAUAUGAGAAACCAAAAAAAAUGUAUUGGACACCACCACACUACCGUUAAAAGCACUGCUACUCACUGACAUAGUAGUAGGCCAUGGCUUCAUUUGUCACACACUCAUUUAGAGCACUACGCCACAAUGAUGCUCCUGUUUCAGUACGCAAGAAGGACAACACUGAAGGACGGAGGGGUAAAGGAAGUGUACAAAUCCUCACCUGCUUAUUCUUAGACACCCCCUUCCUCUUUUGCCUUGACUCAGACGUUGUCUUGAUUUGUUGUAUUGUGUCCACAGGUGUUGAUGAUGUUCUCUUUGCACCUGAUUAUUUACCAAUGUAGAUCAACCAUUCGACAAACCCCCACCUUCUCAUGCCCGACUCCAUGUGCAUUUGUUUUUUUUGUUCCUUUGAAAAAAAAAGAAAGAAAAGAAAAUAGAAAUCUGUAUAUAUAUGAACCUAAUUUUUACUUGUCUGAAGCAAUGAUAAUUCCAGGAUGCUGUUCUCAGUCUUUACUGUGUUCUCACUGGAGCAGCAACUGCCUGGGGACGUGUUGCACAUUCCUCGAGCUCAGGACUUAUUGCUAGUGUCGUUUAAUGAAUGCCCCCCCCAAGUAGAACGGAUUAUAUGUCGGACAUGGCUUGAAAUCCUUCAAUCCUUUUUUCUGAAGUGUAUGUGAAGGAGAAUAUGAAUUUCUCAGCAUCAUCCCGUCGUUCUUAGUUUGCCCAUAACGUUGCUGUGCAGAGACUUACCCGUGUCUUUACUCGUCAUCUCCUGUUUGCACGUUAGCGCACUGAUGUUUUCAGUUGGUAUGUGAAAUAGCUGCUGCUGGAAAAGGAUUAUGCCUGCAGUCGGUUUAAAUUCAGGACGGUACUUUAUCUUACUACAGGAUCUUCCGACACCAAACGCCACAUUAACUUGUAAUGCAGUGUUGAGACGGUACCUUCAGUUGAAAUGGAUCACAUCUACAGUGCGCUGUGCUGCCGGAAUGGGGACCAGAUAGUUUGUAUGACAAAUCUGACUCAACCUGGGGGUAUGAAGUACAGUAAAUACUCUCAGGUCGCCUGUUUAACUGGGCACCGAAACCUCUUUGAGUAUUUCAAGCUCAGACACACUGUUGUUUCAUGCUGUUAUUGUUGCAAACUGCCAGAAACAACAGGACCACAGUCCAUCCUCAAAGCACCACAGGUCUUCAAGCACACAACUGUUUCACACACCAAUAGGUUGACGUAUCCUGUAUCUCGGCUGUAGAGGAUGUAGAUUAGAGUCUCCUGCUCCCCCCCGGGCACCGACCUCGGGUCACUCGUGCAGGGUUUUCUCUCGGUGCGGGUUCGGAAAAGGCGAAGUGAUCCCACGUCUGUGCCUGUCAGAAGGACUACUUAUUCACCCAGAGUGUGACAGUAUGUAGCAUGUACAUAGAAGAUCCCUCACUCUGUAUAUACAAACGUGUACAGGUUUGAUACAGCUAUUCACAUUCUGGCUUUUUCUUUGCAAUUCUUUAAUGAAAGUCAUAGCAAUAUUUCUGUAAUCAAUAAAACGCCAAGGUAAUAGGAUGAUUGGAUUUGUGUUUAUUUAGAGAGGGGGAAGUGACUGUGAAUGAUCAAACUGUGAGACUUGACUUUACUGAUGACAGGUUGUUGUUGUUUAUUUUUCCUUUUUUUGCUGUAUAACAUGCUGGAUCCAAAAGGCUGGAAGUGAAGUAUCACAUUGCAAAGGAGUAUAACAUACUGAUAGUUUUGAUUUUGAUCAAUGAAAGCCAUAAUGCUCAUAUACAGGUUACAAAAGGUCUGAUUGUGUGUGGUGGGUGUGUAUCAUGCUUGAACACAGACCUUAAGAAGCAAAGGGGAUGUGUACACAGAAUAAAGAAUUAAAAUAAGAA